AUGGCUACUACGACGGACUCGAAGGCGCCUGUGCGCCAAGUAAAAAGAGUGCAAUUUGGUAUAUUAUCACCAGAUGAGAUCCGACGUAUGUCCGUUACUGAGGGAGGCAUCCGCUUUCCCGAAACUAUGGAAGGCGGAAGGCCCAAGCUUGGCGGGCUUAUGGAUCCACGACAAGGGGUGAUCGACAGAAGUUCUCGGUGUCAAACCUGUGCUGGGAAUAUGACAGAAUGCCCAGGACACUUUGGUCAUAUUGAUUUGGCUAAACCAGUUUUUCAUAUUGGUUUUAUUACAAAAACUAUUAAGAUAUUAAGAUGUGUUUGUUUUUACUGUUCUAAAUUGCUUGUUAGCCCGACAAAUCCGAAGAUAAAAGAAGUUGUCAUGAAGUCCAAAGGGCAACCACGUAAAAGAUUGACAUAUGUUUAUGACCUUUGUAAGGGAAAAAAUAUUUGUGAGGGUGGUGAAGAUAUGGAUAUUGGAAAGGAAGGAGAGGAAGGGAAAAGAGGCUCAGGACACGGAGGAUGUGGUCAUUAUCAACCGUCUAUUAGGCGUCAAGGUUUGGAUCUUACUGCAGAAUGGAAACAUGCAAAUGAAGACACACAAGAAAAGAAAAUAAUUAUAACUGCAGAGAGAGUAUGGGAAAUACUUAAACAUAUUACAGAUGAGGAAUCAUUCAUUUUGGGCAUGGAUCCCAAAUUUGCCAGACCUGAUUGGAUGAUUGUCACUGUGUUGCCUGUACCACCAUUAUCUGUUAGGCCAGCUGUUGUUAUGUUUGGUGCUGCAAAAAAUCAAGACGAUUUGACACACAAACUUGCCGAUAUUAUAAAGGCAAACAACGAAUUAAUGAGAAACGAACAGUUAGGUGCCGCAGCUCAUGUUCUUGCUGAGAAUAUAAGAUUAUUACAAUUUCACGUUGCCACCUUUGUGGACAAUGAUAUGCCAGGCAUGCCAAAAGCUAUGCAAAAAUCAGGAAAGCCACUUAAAGCCAUUAAGGCACGUUUAAAAGGGAAAGAAGGAAGGAUAAGAGGAAACCUCAUGGGAAAACGUGUGGAUUUCUCUGCACGUACUGUCAUCACACCUGAUCCCAAUUUACGUAUUGAUCAAGUAGGUGUGCCUAGGUCCAUUGCACAAAAUCUAACAUUCCCUGAAUUGGUUACACCUUUCAAUAUUGACAGAAUGCAAGAGCUUGUUAGAAGAGGAAAUGCUCAGUAUCCAGGUGCCAAAUAUAUUGUUCGUGAUAAUGGAGAAAGAAUUGAUCUUAGAUUCCAUCCCAAGCCAUCAGAUCUGCAUUUACAAUAUGGGUACAAAGUAGAGCGACAUUUAAGAGAUGAUGAUUUGGUUAUAUUCAAUCGACAACCUACACUGCAUAAAAUGAGUAUGAUGGGUCACAGAGUGAAAGUAUUACCAUGGUCAACAUUCCGUAUGAAUUUGAGUUGUACAUCCCCAUACAAUGCUGAUUUUGAUGGAGAUGAAAUGAAUCUACAUGUUCCUCAAUCUAUGGAAACACGUGCAGAAGUUGAAAAUAUUCAUAUAACCCCUCGGCAGAUCAUUACCCCACAGGCUAAUAAACCUGUUAUGGGUAUUGUACAAGACACAUUAACAGCUGUGAGAAAAAUGACAAAGAGAGAUGUCUUUUUAACAAAAGAACAAGUCAUGAAUCUUCUUAUGUUUUUACCAACAUGGGAUGGUAAAAUACCCCAACCCUGUAUUUUAAAACCACAGCCACUCUGGACUGGUAAACAAAUAUUCACUUUAAUUAUUCCUGGAAAUGUAAACAUGAUCAGAACACAUUCCACUCAUCCUGAUGAAGAAGAUGAUGGUCCUUACAAAUGGAUUUCACCUGGAGAUACAAAAGUUGUAGUGGAGCAUGGAGAAUUGAUUAUGGGUAUCCUUUGUAAGAAAUCUUUGGGUGCUUCAGCAGGUUCUUUACUUCACAUUUGUAUGUUGGAGUUAGGCCACGAAACUGCCGGCCGAUUUUAUGGUAACAUUCAGACUGUUAUUAACAAUUGGCUACUAUUAGAAGGUCAUUCAAUAGGUAUUGGUGACACUAUUGCUGAUCCUCAAACAUAUCAGGAAAUUCAGCGUGCUAUAGUUAAAGCUAAGGAUGAUGUAAUAGAGGUCAUUCAAAAAGCUCACAACAUGGAGUUGGAACCAACUCCAGGUAACACUCUCAGACAAACAUUCGAAAAUCAAGUAAACCGUAUUUUGAACGAUGCUCGUGACAAAACUGGUGGUUCAGCUAAAAAGUCUCUUACAGAAUAUAACAACCUCAAAGCUAUGGUAGUUGCGGGUUCGAAAGGAUCAAAUAUUAAUAUUUCUCAAGUUAUUGCUUGUGUGGGACAACAAAACGUAGAAGGUAAACGUAUUCCGUUUGGCUUUCGAAAAAGGACAUUACCACAUUUCAUUAAGGAUGAUUAUGGUCCUGAAUCAAGAGGUUUUGUAGAAAAUUCGUACCUUGCCGGUUUAACGCCGUCAGAGUUUUAUUUUCACGCUAUGGGUGGUCGUGAAGGUCUCAUUGAUACUGCUGUCAAAACUGCUGAGACAGGUUAUAUUCAACGUCGUCUGAUAAAGGCUAUGGAGUCUGUAAUGGUACAUUAUGAUGGAACUGUUAGGAACUCUGUUGGACAACUUAUUCAGUUGAGGUAUGGUGAAGAUGGUCUAGCUGGAGAAACGGUCGAAUUUCAAAAUCUCCCUACAGUGAAACUGUCUAAUAAAGCAUUUGAAAAGAAAUUCAAGUUUGAUCCUUCAAAUGAGCGAUACUUAAAGAGAAUCUUCAAUGAGGAUAUUAUAAAGGAGUUAACCGAAUCAGGAUAUGUCAUUGCGGAUUUAGAAAGUGAAUGGGAGCAAUUAGCAAAAGACAGAGAAAUAUUGCGACAGAUUUUUCCAAGUGGCGAAUCAAAGGUUGUACUUCCUUGCAAUUUUAAGAGAAUGAUCUGGAAUGUGCAGAAAAUUUUCCAUAUUAAUAAAAGAAUGCCGACAGACCUUAGUCCUAUUAAAGUUAUACAAGGUGUGAAAGACUUACUAAAGAAAUGUGUUAUUGUAGCUGGAGAAGAUCGGCUAUCUAAACAAGCCAAUGAAAAUGCGACACUGCUAUUUCAGUGCUUAGUAAGAUCAACAUUAUGUACAAAAUUUGUUUCUGAAGAAUACCGUUUGUCAAGCGAGGCAUUUGAGUGGUUGAUUGGAGAAAUUGAAACCCGUUUCCAACAAGCGCAAGUUAAUCCUGGAGAAAUGGUUGGAGCCCUUGCUGCUCAGUCUCUUGGUGAACCUGCCACUCAGAUGACAUUGAACACUUUCCACUUUGCUGGUGUGUCAUCGAAAAACGUAACACUCGGUGUACCUCGGCUGAAAGAAAUUAUUAAUAUAUCUAAGAAGCCAAAAGCGCCAUCCCUAACAGUUUUCUUGACAGGUGGUGCAGCCAGAGAUGCUGAAAAAGCUAAGAAUGUUCUCUGCCGUUUGGAACAUACAACUCUCCGAAAAGUUACUGCAAAUACAGCCAUUUAUUAUGAUCCUGAUCCACAAAAUACUGUUAUUGCUGAAGAUCAAGAAUUUGUAAAUGUUUAUUAUGAAAUGCCUGAUUUUGACCCUACAAAGAUAUCUCCUUGGCUUCUACGUAUUGAACUGGACCGUAAGAGGAUGACUGAUAAGAAACUAACUAUGGAACAAAUUGCAGAAAAGAUCAACGCAGGAUUCGGAGAUGAUUUAAAUUGUAUAUUCAAUGACGACAACGCCGAAAAACUUGUUCUUCGUAUAAGAAUUAUGAAUAAUGAAGAAAGUAAAUUUCAAGAUAACGAUGAAGAAACGGUUGAUAAAAUGGAAGAUGACAUGUUCCUACGUUGUAUUGAAGCUAACAUGUUGUCUGACAUGACGUUACAGGGCAUAGAAGCCAUAGCCAAAGUAUACAUGCAUUUACCUCAGACUGAAGCCAAAAAACGAAUUAUUAUCACAGAACAGGGAGAAUUCAAAGCAAUAGCUGAAUGGUUAUUGGAAACAGAUGGUACAUCUUUGAUGAAAGUUCUUUCUGAACGUGACGUCGAUCCGAUACGUACGUUCAGUAACGAUAUUUGUGAAAUAUUUCAAGUUCUUGGUAUCGAAGCUGUACGUAAAUCUGUAGAAAAAGAAAUGAAUGCUGUAUUACAAUUUUACGGCCUGUACGUAAACUAUCGUCAUCUUGCCUUGCUUUGUGAUGUAAUGACAGCAAAAGGUCAUCUUAUGGCCAUCACUCGUCACGGCAUCAACAGACAAGAUACUGGAGCGCUUAUGAGAUGCUCUUUUGAAGAAACUGUGGAUGUAUUAUUAGAUGCUGCCAGUCAUGCUGAAGUAGAUCCAAUGAGAGGAGUAUCUGAAAAUAUAAUUAUGGGACAAUUGCCAAGAAUGGGAACUGGGUGCUUCGACUUGCUCCUUGACGCAGAAAAAUGUAAACAUGGAAUGGAGAUGGGAGGACUUGGCGUUGGUAUGGGUGUAGGCGGUGGAAUGUUCUUUGGCGUUGGCACGCCGUCUAUGACACCCUUAAUGACACCAUGGUCUACCCAGAAUACACCAGGAUAUGGCAGCAGUGUAUGGUCACCAGGACAAGUUGGAAGUAGUAUGACACCAGGUGGACCAUCGUUCUCGCCGUCUGGUGCAUCAGAUGCGUCUGGACUUUCGCCAGCUUACAGUGCUUGGUCAUCACAGCCGGGUUCGCCUGGUUCACCAGGGCCCCCACUAUCGCCUUAUGCUUCGCCUGCCGGAGCGUCACCAUCUUAUUCGCCAACGAGCCCUGUUUACUCGCCUACAUCACCGGGGUACUCUCCAACUUCUCCAUCGUAUUCACCAACGUCACCGAGCUAUUCUCCUACUUCGCCUAGUUAUUCUCCGACUAGUCCAGCGUAUUCACCCACCUCCCCAAGUUACUCGCCAACUUCACCGAGUUAUUCGCCAACGAGUCCGUCAUACUCACCAACAAGCCCGUCUUAUUCACCGACAAGUCCAGCGUACUCACCAACAUCUCCAGGAUAUUCACCAUCUUCUCCUAGUUAUUCACCAACAAGUCCAGUAUAUAGUCCGACUUCGCCAAGUUAUUCUCCAUCAUCACCUAAUUAUACACCAACGUCACCUGCUUACUCUCCCUCAAGUCCUUCCUACUCACCGACUUCUCCAGCUUAUUCACCAUCGUCUCCAAGAUAUUCACCAUCGUCGCCAAAUUAUUCGCCGACAUCUCAAAAUUACUCGCCCACUUCGCCGUCCGUUGCAGGUGGGAGCCCUACAUAUUCACCGACGAGUCCUCAAUAUUCACCUACGAGUCAGCACUACUCGCCUACAAGUCCGGCGUACUCUCCUUCCUCUCCACAGCAUCCAGCAAGUACUCCAUAUUCACCUUCAUCGCCGAAUUACUCACCUUCUUCACCCAAUUACUCGCCUUCCUCUCCAGGAUAUUCGUCUACUUCAAAUAAGUAUUCACCUACAUCUACAACUUACACUCCAACAUCUCCCAAUUAUUCACCAACACGCGUGUACUCACCAUCAUCUGCUGGUCCAACAUCAUAUUCUCCUACUUCACCUUCCUAUUCUCCACCAUACGAUGGCAGCGAUGAUUAA